ACUCACCACACGAUCGAUAAUAAUAAUGGUGGGGAUGAUGAUGACGAUGACAGUGAUGGUCAAGGUGGCAAUAGAAAUGGUACUGAUGAUGAUGAUGAUGACGACAAUGCCGGUGGUGGUAAUCUCGACGACGAUGAUGAUGAUGGUAGCGAGAAUGAUGGUAGUGGUCGCGAUAUUGACAGUCGUGCUAAUGGUGAUGAUUGUCGUGAAAAUCAUGCUGAUUAUAAUGGCAACGAUAAUGAUGGUAGGGAUGAUAAUGAUACUUAUGGUAAUGGUACUAAUUGCAAUGAUGAUGAUGGUGUUGAUGUUGAUGAUGGCGAUAGUGAUGAUAGUGAUAAUCAUGCUGAUGAUGCUGAUAGUGGCAGUGCAAAUCUGUGUCCCUAGAUUAAUUAGCACACGGUCGUAUUUGUUCCCCAAUAGACAGUGGUUAUUCUGUAGCUGCUUAGAAGGCACCAACGUGAUUUUUUUUACCACAUUAAACAAGCAAAUAUGCACAACCUUUGUCACCACAAGAACUUUCUAA